AUGCCUUCUAGCCGUAGCACGAAGCAUGGAUUUGAAAGCGAUUUGCCGCUCGCUCCAGGGGCCCACGACUAUGUUGACUACAGCUUGAUGGCUCAAGAUGGCCAGGAUGAGGGGUAUUCACGUCCCCGGAGACAACAGCGAUGGAAACACGAUGGGGACCGGCCUAUCACCGAUCCAGCUCUUGUCCCGGGGGGCUGGAAUGCCGACGAGCUAGAUCUCGAUGUCAACGACAUCGAUAGUCAAGUCCAGAGAUUUAUAGAGAGGAUCAGCGAUGGAAUCUUGCCCAACUUUUUCAAGUUCAGACUGUCACAAUACGAGAGAAGAAGGGCUGCUCGCGAUGAAAUGGUCCAUUCUGAACCUGCCGGACUCAUCUGGGACAUUGUUCGGCGCUUGGAGCAUUUGAAGAACAUCGAGAAGUAUCUCAGCACCAACGGGGACCCUGAUAAUCAGGUUCCUAAUGUCAAGGCUAUCAUCAAAGCUUACAGGGAAGGUAAAUUGGGAUGGUCGAGGGGAUGGGUCAGCUACUGGUCGAAGGGCGUGCAGCUCAAUACCCCCAGAAGUCCGACGCGGAUCUUCAUAAGAAACUGGCUGGGGAAUACGAUACCACUUAAGCGUGGUGGAUGGAAGGUUCAACGUCCUGGCGCUAAUGGCCUCACCCUACGGGUGUGCCAUGAUACUGGUGCUGAUAUCAUGGCGAUACCUCGAUGCUAUAUCGACCAGUUGGAAUCGCUCGGUAUUCCCGUUCUAGUUCAUGGCUAUAAUCUCAUGGACAUCCCUGGCUCCACGACUUGUCCCAAGGUUGUGGAGAUUGAUGUCCGGCUGGUUGACGUCAACAAUCAGUCUUUGUGCCAUUGGAUGAAAAUACAGGCCUGUGUCAUCCAAUCUAGGACGGGCGACCACUUUGGAAUAAUUCUUUCCGGACCUUUCCUGCGGUUUGCGCUCUACACUGCAACAUGCCCAGAUGGACAGGGACUUCUCUAUGUUUGUAAUAACAAGGAGCUCAGGCAGCUGCCAGCCCUCCCAGACGGCUUUGUGCCAGCGGGACCGCCAUUUGUGUCUACCGCUCCUGCAGCUCCGGGAGGUGGAGACCCAGCCCGUUUCCUACUAGAACAGAAUAAGGCAUAA